UUAUCAUGUUUGGUCCCUUCGCCGGCCGAAGUAGAGACACGAAACAGAGUUCAGAUAAACCGAAUAGUUCGUAAAGCGAACGCGAUAAUCAGCGUCCGUUUGCAAUCGUGCGCGCACGAUCCGUGGCCGUGGAAGGAACGCGAAGGAUUCGUCGGUCGGACGCUACACAGCACCGUAAAUUUGGCUGCUCGUCGCGACCGCGAAGAAGAAACGUAACAAACGUUCUCAACGAUCCGGUGACAAUUAUUGUCGGUACGUGUCGACGGGAGUGAGCUGAGAGUCGAGAACGGUCCAGUGUUCAACGCGUCGAGACAAUCGAGAAGUUUUAAAUUGAUUAGCGUUCUACAAAGAUUUUCUUUUUAAACAAGUUUCCAGUGAGGUGUCCAGAAUCAAAAUGAGUUUCGACACUUCCUGGGAUAUCGAGCAAUACAAGAGUGAACAUGAAACCGAAGAACAUUGGCAAUUGAGGCAAAAAUUUUUAAUCACUCACAAAAUGAAGUAUCCUGAAAAUCGAUUAGUGAGUUUGGCUCAAAUUUUUUUCAAUGUGGAAUUUUUGGGUUGCAGUUAUCCAAAACAAACUAUGGACUUAAUCGAAAAACUAUCUAAAGGUUUGGCCGAUGACUUCAGAGAAAAACGUAAAUUAAAGUUACAAAAAACAUUUGUAGCAGCUUCAACUGUUGCUGAAGCAAAAGCUAAGGGAAAUACUCAGACUGCAAUACAGAUGAUAAACAAUAGUCAAUCAAAUGUAAAAAAAAUUCAAUCCACACCUUAUGAUUCCGAUUAUAUUUUGCCUGGUUUUAUAUUAUUAUUUCGAAAAGAUAAUGAAGAACCUUAUGAUAUUAUUGAUCGAUCGUGUACUUUUUGCGGUAUAUCAAAACCAUCAUUCAAAUUCAAUCGAAGUUUAGAUCCAUCACUAAUCCAAAGUAAUUUGUUCAUAAAAAAAAAAUUAAUUGCUUCUGGUUCUGGACCAUCUUUUAAAAUAGCUAGAAAGGAAGCAUCAAAAGCUGCAUUUAAUAUUCUCAAAGAAAAGUGUUUUAUUGUUCAGGAAAAAGAAGAUGAAGAAUUAGAACUUAUUUCUAAAAGUUCUAUUAUAAAUGAUAAUGAUUCAAAAUCUCUAGAUACUACUGUUGGUGAUUCCACAAAUGAAGCAAAAUUGUCAGAAGAUAAUAUUGGCAAUAAAAUUUUAAAAAUGAUGGGUUGGCAGCAAGGUAGUGGUUUAGGGAAGAAUGGUCAAGGGCGUUUAAAUCCUAUAGAAAUUGUUCAACUUCCAAAAAAUUUGGGACUGGGUGGUUCCAAACCAUUUGCUAACAAUUUGAAACGCAAAAUUGCUUUCCAAAAAGAAAUUAGAAUAUACGUGACGAAAUUUUUGGAGAGUUCAAAAAGAAAACUAGCAUUUUCAACUGAAUUUUCUAAAGAGGAGCGUACAAUGAUUCACACGCAUUGCAUAAAGUAUGGUUUGAAGACCAAAAGUUAUGGACAUCACGAAAAUAGAUAUAUUGUUAUAUCUAAAAAGCAAAAUGCCAAAGAAAUUUUUAAAGAACUAAUGAUUAGCAAUGACUUUGAAAAUGAACAUUACAUUUUAAAACCCCCAACAAAUGGAAAUGAUACUUGUUAGAUCUCCGAUAAAAUAAUUGUAAUGUAUUGUUAAUAUAUUUGUUAUUUAAGUUUAACAAUUAUUAGUACAAUAUUUGUAUA